AUGGACGAAGCUCUGCCCGAAGGCCGUGCCGUGCAGAUAAACCCGGGACCUCCGCCAAGCUGUUCCAGACGUGGGGAUGGACUCGGUAUCGGCGUCGGCCCACGCACGUCGACUGCAUGUCUCAUGUGCCGGGACAAGAAGGUGAAAUGCUCAGGUUCACAACCCUGCGUUUACUGUGUCGAAAGCGGUCUAGAUUUGGCUGAAUAUGAGAAUGCAACGUCGCUGGCUCCCGAUUUUGACCAAUGUCUUGCCCGAGCAGACUCUCGGCCGCCUGCUUCUGCGCACAGUCCUCCACCACCUAUGGAGUCCAGAUCGACACCGUCAUCCGGAGGUCUGGCGGAGGGCAAUGCUGCGCAGCAACAACAACGGCAGAAACAAUAUUCAAUACCUGAAUCUCCUUAUCCUCACAUUAUUCCCGUGCCUGCAGUGGUGUCAAGUCCAAAGCACACCCGAUACCUAGAGUUGUCUUUACCUGAUCCAGUUCUUGCGCCGGCAACGUCUCUCUCUUCCAGCGACACGUUUAGCUCCGAGCUCAGGAAUCUUUUGACUGAGCGUUCUCGCCCAAACCUAGGGCCGGUUUCCGCUCCGACCAAUGACGCCACACCAAGGUCCAUUUGCCAGAGUCGACUAGGCGUCGAUAAGAUCAGACACUGGCCAACAGAAGAAGAUACAUAUAGUAUGCUGAAUAUUGUUGUCCUGAAUGUGGGUAUAUCCCAGCAUCUUUUCGACGUCAGACCGUUCUCAGAUAAUAUGUCUUCAUUAUUCGGCGAUGAUACUGUUGAUGAUUAUCCCGAGUGUCUCUUAAUCUUUGCCAUCGGAAGACUUCUCCAAGCAAAGUGGGACGAUGAAUCCAAGCCCCCAGGCGAUGAGUUCUUUCAAGAGGCGCUCAAACGUAUGCCCGACUUGAGUGAUCUGCGAAAGCAUGGGGUCCUCAGCAUCUAG